AUGUUAUCUUCAUCAUCGAUUAUAAAUAAUAAACAAAUAGUAUCAAAUAAUAUAACUGAUUCAUUAUCAAAUAAAUCAAUAACAACUGAAAAAAUUAAUAGAACAUUUUCAUUUAAUUCAAUACGAAAAGAAACAAAUGAAAUUGAUCAAACAUCAAAAAUUCAAUCAAAAUCAUUUCUUAUACCAACAGAAAAUGAAUUAGAUAAUGAUAUUGUUAUUGUAAAAUUUAGUACAUCAACAUCAUCUACUCCCGUAUCACUUACAACUGCUAUUUGUCAUUUUCUAGAUAAAGGUAUUCCAUCAUUAACACUUUAUGAAGAAAUUCGUCUUGUUAAUGAAUUAAUUAAUCAUCGAUUAAAUACAUUAUUAACAUUAACUGAUGCUCAAUUACAUGUUGAACAAUAUGUUAUUAAUAUUGGUUUAAUGAAUUAUCAUCAUCGAAUGUUAUUUGUUCAAAAUGAUUUUUUCUAUGAUUUUUUAUUAAAAUAUCCACAAAUUAUACUUAAACAUCGACAAUGGUUUAAAGAUUUUAAACAAACAUUAAUGCCAAUAAAUAGUGAUAAAAUUGUUUUAAAAAAAUGGCAAUUAGCAACAUUAUUACAUGCACAUAUGAAUUUAGAACAAAAUUUUCAUUAG